AUGGUAGGAGACCAGACAUACACUGUAGACAAAUUUGGAGAAAACUUUCUUUACCAUGGGGAUCUUGAUGUUGCCAAGCAAUGGGGAUCGUGCACAUAUUACAGUGACAACGGAUGCCACCGUCUGGGAUCGAAGAAUGAAAUCCCACCUAUCAUGUCAUCUAAACUCUAUUCCAAGGCUUCCAUCACCUACGGAAGAAUAGAAGUCGUUGCACAGUUACCUAAAGGAGAUUGGUUAUGGCCAGCAAUAUGGAUGCUUCCUCCUAAAAGGCCAUGGAAAUAUGGCGGAUGGCCAGCUUCCGGCGAGAUAGACAUUAUGGAGGCUAGAGGCAACCUCAACCUGAAGGAUAGCAGUGGUAAUAACCAUGGCGCCCAGAACUUCCGGUCUUCGCUCCACUGGGGUGUUUCCGGUCAGCAUCAUAGUAAGGGAUAUGGAAGGGUAAGUGACCCUGGAACAGUAUGGGCUGACCGCUACCACACGUACUCCAUUGACUGGACAUCAGGUCACAUAAGACUAUCUGUAGAUGACCACCCGGUCUUGGCCUGGUCAACACCCUCCCAAGGCUUAUGGGCAUACAGUCACAUGACCGGACACAACAUCUGGGCCAGCGGGGGAAAAGAUGCGCCUUUCGAUGGACCGAUGGGUCUCAUCCAAGUAGCUGUCGGCGACAAUAGCGUCUUCUUUUCUGAUUCUUGGCAUAACCCUAAUGGAAAACCGUGGAAGAACGGAUCGCCUACCUCCAUGGUAGACUUCUGGAAGAACAGGCACCAGUGGCAGCCAACUUGGCAUGGUGAAGACGCUGCCAUGAAGAUCAGGUCCGUCAAGAUGAUACAGUAUUAGAUUGCAUCUGAGUGCGCGAGUACUUCUCACGGGGUUUCUUAGACCUUGAAUAAAAUUCAUCUGUUACGGAAUAAAGUUAUCAAACUGGU